AUGCACACCCCAACCCUCGCCGUCGCCUUGACAGGCAUUUCCCUCGCCCUGGCCAACCCAGCCGCCGAUGCCGCGCCUCAACCCAUCAUCACCCCCGGCGCCCUCGCCGCGCGGCAAUUCGUCGCCACCGCAAGCCACACGGGCGCCCUCUCCCAGAGCAUAGCCUGCCAACGAAGCCUGCUCUCCCUCGUCGACACGGUCCCGACCCCGCCGGCGCGCGUCGUCUCGUGGCUCGCGACCGCCGUCACAGUGCCCGCGCUCGACGACCCGUCCGCGCUGACCGACGACUCGCUCACGACGCUGUGCGACGCGACCAGGACCAUCACGCCGCCGGCGUCGCUGACGGCCGCGUACUCGAGCUACACGCACAGCAUGAGCGAGUGGGCCAGCAGCAACGCGCGCGCGGCCAACAGCGUGGCCAGUUCCUGCGGCGGGCUGGAGAGCGCGCUGAUCAAGAUCCAGAUCGCGACGGAUAGCGAGAGCUGCACGAGCGCCGUGCAGGAUUUGUUGGAGGUUGCGAGGGCGCAGCUGUUGUCGUCGUCGUCGCCAUCGUCGUCGGUUGGCACGGUCACGCAGACAGGUUCUGUUUCGAGUGAGGAGACGAGCACGGCGGCUGCGACGGGGACGGAGACUUCCGGAGGAAGUGGUGAGAGCUCGACUGAUGGUGCUGAGGCUACGAGCAGCUCGUCUACUGCCGGAGCUGCUGUGGGACCAAAGGAAACUGGGUUGGUUGCUGCGGUGGCGGCGGCGGCGGUUGGGAUUGCCGGUGUGGUUGCGGCGCUGUAG